AUGGCACCCAGUCCGAGUAUUGCACCCAGUUCUUGUAUUGCACCCAGUCCGAUAUGCACCCAGUCCAAGUUAUGCACAAAGUCCAGGUAUUUCACUCAGUGCGAGUAUGGCACCCUGUCAGAGUAUUGCACCCAGUUCGAUCCGAGUAUUGCAUCCAGUAGGAGUGUUGAACGCGGUCCGAGUAUUGUUCCCAGUCCGAGUAUUGCACCCAGUUCGAGUUUUGCACCAACUUUGAGGAUUGCUCCCAGUCCGAGUAUGCUGCAUCCUGUCGGAGUAUUGACCAAGUCCGAGUUUUGCAUGCAGCCCAAGUAUCGCACCAAAUCGAAAAAUUGCAUCCAGUCCGAGUAUUGCACCUGUCAGAGUGCUGCUCCCAGUCCGAGUGCAGUCCAGUCAGAGUAUGACGUACCCAAUCCGAGUAUGACGCAUGCAGUCCGAGCUUUAUGCACCCAGGCCGAGUAUAACGUAUCCAUUCCGAGUAUGACGCAUGCAGUCCGAGUAUUAGGCACCCAGGCCGAGUAUAACGUACCCAUUCCGAGUAUGACGCAUGCAGUCCGAGUAUUAGGCACCCAGGCCGAGUAUAACGUACCCAUUCCGAGUAUGACGCAUGCAGUCCGAGUAUUAGGCACCCAGGCCGAGUAUGAUGCUCCCGAUCUGUGUAAGCCUAUGUAG